GUCGAGGCAAAAGGAGCUCUACCUGGACUCUGGUGAACAUGUAGGCUUUGAUACUUGGCGUGGAGUCUUGGGGGACAUCGACUCACAGUCUUAGACCCCAGCAACAGCCAGGAGUGGCUAAACCGGAGCCUGGACGGUCGAACUUAAAUCUAGCUUUCUUGUGUGUCGACCAUUAGACGUCUUUACCAGAUUGAAUGCACAUAGACCUAGCUUUCUUAUGUGACGAUUAUUAGGUCCAGAUUAGGCCAUAGACAAGUUCAGAGCCAGAGAGUUUUGUAAGCAUUAUACAAAUCUGCUAUAAAUUAUUCCUAUGUGUAUUAAACAUGCGCAAGCAUAGCGAGGUUUGCACUCCAGUGUAUCCCUAGUACCGUAUAGCGGGUAAUUUUCGGGGGACAAAAUAUUUGUGUUCAGCAAUAAUUAUUGAGACAUUUUCGUGGGUAAUUAUUUUCGUGGUUGCUGCUUGCACUGCAUGUAAAGGUAGGCAAGGUCGCUUCAUUCGUAGGUAAAAUAUUCAUGGUCAGACCUUCAACCACGAAAACCACGAAUAUUUUGCUCCAUGAAAAUUACCUUCUAUACGGUAGUAAGAUUGUGUGGGUUGUUUUGAUUGAAACUGAUAAUGAUUCUGGACAGGUUAUUCCUUUAUAUAAUAGUAGGAUGUUUUAGUGCUGUUUUAGUGUGAGUGCUUUUUUAGUGUGAGUGCUUUUUUGAGUGCAACUAAGCCAAUUAAUAUUUUGUGUGGUUGUUUUGAUUGAAACUAAAAGUAAGAUAAUGAUUCUGGCAGGUUAUUCCUUUAUAGUAGUAGUGCAAACUUUGAUUGGAUGUUUUAGUGCUGUUUUAGAGUUGCACCUAAGCCGAUUAAUAUUUUGUGUGGCAAAGAGUAAGUGUUAUGAUUUUCUUUAUGAGACACGUUAUAGUUCUAUUUUGUACAUUGCUGUUGACGACGGUGAGAAGUAGAUGUUGUCCCACUUGGUUUCAUAAGACAGCUGGCUCAGAUGAGUGUAAGUGUGGAGUACAGGUGAAAAAUUUACUUGAAUGCUCUCAAUUACCGAAUACAAUGACUGUACACAUAAUUGAUGGUCAUUGCCUCACUUAUGACAGCGAUCAAGAUAUCGAAUACUUUGGUCAAUGUCCGUAUACUGGUAGAAACUCUUCAUUUGGCCAGUUUCGUACGAUGCCAUCUAAUGUUUCUAAACUGAAUGAGGUGAUGUGUGGGCCUCUGAAUCGCACUGGGGUACUGUGUAGUCAGUGCAAACCAGGACUGGGACCAGCUGUCUUCUCGUACUACAGAGAGUGUAAAGAGUGUUUGGUUUAUCCUUAUGGAUGGAUUCUCUUCUUUGUCAGGUUUAUCAUUCCAUCGACAGGGUUUUGUGUGCUGGUCAUUGCUUUCCAUAUUAAUGUAGCAUCUCCUGCUUUGAACGCAUUUGUAAUUGCGGCCCAAAUUGUCAACACUAUCAUCAGCAACAAUCCUAUUUCUUUUGCCAAUGGUUCCUAUAACAUCCUUUUAGAUUUUGUUGCCAGCAUCUAUGGUAUUUUCAGUUUGGACUUUUUCACUUUUCUAAUUCCAUCAUUUUGUAUCAGUUCUGAUAUGAGUAUGCUCACUGUGUUGGCAUUGGAAUACCUUGUAGCGCUUUACCCGAUCUUAUUCACUGUUGCUGUGUACUUGUGCAUAACCAUACAUGACAAAGGAUGCAAGAUAUUGGUGGUUUGUUGGAAACCGUUUCGUAAGUGUUUUGCACGGUGUCGUAGGAGUUGGGAGUUGAAAGGAUCUGUUAUGAAUGCAUUUGCUACUUUUAUACUACUUUCUUACUGUAAAUUUAGUUCUAUUUCACUGUAUCUUCUUCAGACAGUGCCUGUUUUUGAUAAAUAUGGUAACCAAACAUAUACACUGUUCUACAACGCAAGUAUUCAUGGCCAUGGCGUGAGCUCAAAUAGCCACUAUGCUGCUUAUUUUGGUGUUUCUAUUUUUGUUCUUGUUACCAUGGUUUUUCUCCCAACAAUUUUUAUCUUGUUCUACCAAAUUCGUAUCUUCCAGAGAUGUCUUCACUUUUGUAGAAUCAGGUGUACCUUACUUCACGAGAUGGCUAACAUACUUCAGGGCUGUUUCAAGAACGGCACUACCCCAGGUACAAGAGACUAUCGCUGGUUUGCUGGACUUUACCUUCUGUUGAGGAUUGUGCUGGUAUUUUCAAUCAAUCAAAUAUACUAUUCUCUGGUGUAUCAAGUUAUAGCUUGCAUAAUGUCUGCAGUAGUUGCUGCCCUGCGCCCAUAUCGAAUUGACAAAUACAACACACUUGACUCCUUUGCAUGGUUACUGUUUGGCCUUACAGUGGGUAUAUUCGUCUACAUCCGUGCAUAUAAUAAUAUAUCGAAGGUGGUGCCAUACAUUUCUAUUUGUGCACCCUUUGCUUACUUUGUGUGCUAUGUUUCGUGGACAUUUAUUGCCUCAUUCAUCAAAUGUUGCCGAUUUCAUAUCUUCACGAAGGUCUCGAAAAGUCAGAUUUUGACAGAUGAGAACAGUGUUCCAGAUCGUUUAAUUAAUCCGAAUGAAUACACUCCAUGCAUUAAUAACUAGAAUUCCGUUCUGUAUUCAAUAAUUAUUUACACUUGUGUUACAUGUUUAAUCGAAGUUAACUUUUAAUUUGAGUAAUUGUUAUACACAUGUACAGCUGCUGUACUGGACUAGUGCUUCAUAAUAAUACUCGAUUCAUUGUUGUUUGCCCUACCAUACGCCUGCAUGUAGUAUUUGUUGCUUGUAAGUAUAACUUGUAUUUUAUUAUCCAAUGGUAUAAUAGAUUAUGAAACUCUAAAUUUCAGUGAAGUAUGACAAAGUUAUGACAACAUUAUGAAAAAUACUUGAAUACAGAUUCUAUGCUUAAUGCCCGUCUUUUAUAUAUUUUCCUGUAUAUGUGUGUCAUU